CCUAAUGAUUCGGUUGUUGACUCUAUUUCUGUCAAAUCACCUAAUAGUUGGAUGAAAUAAAAUUAUUUUUGUUAUUAUAAAUUAUAGUGUUCAAUUAAAUAUUACUAAAAUGAUCUGUGAGCUACAGUGAAUGGAUAAAAUAACUUUUGCGCGACUGACGUCAUAUAAAGUGAAAGAUAAAUCGUAGUUGUUACUUGUUAGCGUAAAAGGGCAUUUAUAGGUUUAGUUUUGGAAAAGUUAGUUAUUAUGGAACAUAAAGAAGAGUACCACGAUCCAGACUAUCCAGAAGCACCGGCGGUUGAAAAACCAGACAAGCCAAAAGUCUCUCAGGAAGAUAACAUUCAAACAAUAAAGACUAUAAUACGCCGCGAGUUUCAAAACGAAUUAGAUGUUCGAGAGAGGGAAGUUAAUCUGAUCGACCAAAGGAUGUCCCUAGCAAGGCGGUACCUCCACGAGUUGAGGUAUGCUGUCGUGAACAGCUACUACAACAAUCAAAAGCUGCAAUUAUCAGCUACCCAGGUGGAAGACGAGGUUGCAGCACAAACGGAACCACGAGCUAGAUCUGAAGUGUCCUCUAUACUCCGUAACACACAGCCCAGGAUACAUCCGUCAGUGCAGAAGCUGCUCGGCAAGAAAUCUGUUGCCAUCGAGGAGAUAUUCAAAUCAAGAGCACCGAGGAAAACCAGGAGGGACUAUGGGGCUAUGGUGCAGAAGAGGAAUUACACGAUAUCAGCUGAUGAGACGAAGUCGCUCCGGCCGGACAAGAAUGAGCCCGGCCUGAAUGUGGUGAAGACGGAAAGCAACGAGCACGAGGACAGGUCGGAGGCCAAAGGUCAAGUCCCAAGCAGCAGCAGGCCAAAGAAGAUCCCUCGCCAGAUAGACCCGAAGGUGAACAAUGUGAUCACAGUGGACGAGGUCACAAGGAACCAAAUGAAACACAGAUAUAGAGUCAUUAUAGGCAACACGUCAAAGUACGCGCCCCCGGCGUCCCGCUGUGACCGUUCCACCCACAAAUGGUUGUUGUAUGUCAGAGGAGCGCCCGUAGUGGAAGCCAUCACUGUUAGGUUACACCACUCGUACGCGCCUCACGACACUGUACAUAUAGACAAGCCUCCAUUUCAAGUGUGUCGCCGUGGUUGGGGCGAGUUCCCAGCGCUGGUUACUCUCCACUUCCUCAAGUCAUAUCUGAACAGACCGGCAACCAUCACACACACCAUCAAACUAGACAGACAGUACACCGGCCUGCAGACUCUAGGUGCGGAGACAGUUGUGGAUGUAUGGUUAUACAGCACACCGGAUAUGAUAGAACACCAGCAGAGGGACGAAGAAGUGAAGGAGAUCAAAGAAGAAGUGAAAGAAGAAGUGAGAGAAGAAGAGAACAGAGUCAGCGGAGACGAUAAACAAGACAGCUGGCUGGAGUUCUUUGCAAAAGACACGAGUCAAGUGAACGUUGAUGAGAUGUUAGUUAAGAAUGAAAUAAAAACCGAGACGGUGAUGGACAAGCACGGUGAUGACAAUGAUGAAGUGAGCGAUGAAGUGAAGAACACACAGAACAAGAGGAUAAUGAAGUACAUAGAGCCGACCACAGGGAAAAUAUACUAUCUGGAAAUGGACAGGGCCCUAGACCUGACCAAGGUGCAAGAAAUAGUAAUAAACUCGGAGGGGAAUGUGAAGACAGCUAAAAUAAGCCCGCUGAAGACAAACGGCCUGAAGACGACCAAGAACAAAGAGUCCAUCUUAAGGUCGCUAUUGAAAACGGAGGAUUGUGACGAGUAUACUUACGAUCACAUAGAGAACGAUCACUGUUACCUAGCCAGCGACUGGUACAAGAGGGACCAUAGACAAGCUAGAGUGGAGGAGGCCAGAGACAAGUCGAAGAGUCUAGUGUACAGCAAAUACAAAGAUAUUAUAUCCAAAUUCACGUGUGUCAAGUCUAUGGUCAGUUACCUAUUGAAACACAUGCCGUUGGUGAGCGAGGCGGCCGGCGACGCGGGCUACGUCUCAAUGUUCCCGUUCGUUGUCACAUCCGACGACAGAUACUGGAAGUUGGACUUCGCUAAACGAAGGAAUAUGGAGUGGUCACGGGCCAAGUUGAUCAACAAGUUACUCACAGAGACCUUCAAGGCGGAUCCCGGUAAGGUCUGGAGGACGAAACAGAUCCUGGUAUACUCGAGAUUACACGGAUACUAUCCAAUAAGGCGGGAGAAGGCGGACCUCAGAACCGACGAGUGGUCCUCGUGGAACGAUCUGGAUGAAGGGAAAUCAGAAUCGAAUAUAAGAGAGGUGUUCCCUAACGAGAGCGACCUGUCCACGUUGAGCGUGUUCAAUAAAAGUGAUUAUGUCACCGAGGGUGCAGUCGUGGAUUUAGAUGUGAGCGGUUCCGACGAAGAGAUAGAAAUAGUCGGUGACGUGAGCGGCCAGAAGAAGCCUGUGCUGGCGGAGCGGCCUGUGAGUGAUGACGUGCUGCCCGUGGACAGCAGCGACCGGCUCAGGUUCCUGUUCAUAGAGAAAGUUUGUGAAGACAUCGGCAUCGUAUUGAGGAACGAGGACAUAGGUCACGGUUACUCUUACAGUUCGGUCCACUCAGUCUUGUUGUCGGCCACCAAGUGUUUCGCUGAAGAGCUGAUCAGGUCGUCUCUCGCCAGACAACUCACCUCAGAGCUGGGAGAGGGACGCGUCUGGGUCGGCUGGUCCAGGCCUCGCGUGUGUCUCCAGCACGUGUUCCUCGCCACCAGCGACUCCAGGUUACAGCUGGUGACGUCAUCACAUCUCGCAGCCGCCGCGCACACACACACACCGCCGCCGCUAUAAUAUAUUACACACAUUCAUACAUUA